CGCCUUCCAUCUUUUCUCGCCGCGAGUGGGAUGAUGGACUCGUGCGCGCCGUGGCCGCCGCCGUCGCCGUCGCCGUCGGAGACCCUCCUGGGGUUUCUUCUCCGAUCGAAGCUCAGCUCCCGGUCCUGCGGCUCCGGCGAGGACGCUCAGGAGCUGAUCAGGGAGUGCGCCGCUAGGGAGCUCAACGCCUUCCUGUGGAUCUCUCUCAUCGCCCUCACCGCCUAUCUGGUCGGGAAACUGGUCAAGCUGGUGAGGCUUUGGAUCGGAGGGAGCAGGAUCCCCGGACCUCCCUCGCCUUCCUUCUACGGCCACUGCAGGCUGAUCUCGAGGGAGAAUCUCGUCGAUGUUCUAUCGACCCUCCAUGAGAAAUAUGGAGCAGUUGUCAAGCUGUGGUUAGGCCCGACUCAGCUUUUGGUAUCGAUAAAGGAUGAAGGACUUGUCAAAGAAAUGCUUUCAAAGGCUGAAGAUAAAUUGCCUAUUGUUGGUAGGGCCUUUCAAUUGGCCUUUGGACGAUCAAGCCUCUUUAUGCCCUGUUUUGACAAGCAGGUGCAAAAGAGAAGAGAGUUAUUGGAAGCAGAAUUAAAUAAAAGAUUGCAUGAGAAAGCAGGUGUUAUCUCCACGAAGGUUGUGGACUCGAUCAUGGAAAAGAUGCAUCUGCUAAUGGCCAAAGGAAGUGUGGACUCUAAAGUAUUAUCUCAACAUAUGGCGUUCACAGUUUUGGGUGCUACAAUGUUUGGGGAAGCAUUCUUGGGUUGGUCUGAAGUUACUGUGUAUGAGGAAUUGCUCAUGUCAAUUUCCAAGGAUGCAUACUUUUGGGCUUCAUAUAAUGUCACUCCUUUCUGGAGAAGGGAAUUUCGGGGGUACCAAGGAAUGUGCACAAAGUUGAAAUACUUGACUCAAAAUUUCGUUCAACUUUGCGAAAAGAACUAUGAGAGAUGUUGCCGCCUUGAUGAGAAGCCUAAAAUUGAUCCGACAGUAGGAAGUUGUCUGGCAUGUUCUCCUGCUCUGAUGCCUGAUAAUUUAGUGUUGAAGGAGCUAAAUAGCCAAUUUAAUCCUAGUGAGGAACCAUGUGCAAAUAUCAUGGGUGUAAUGUUUCAUGGAUGCCUGACUACUGCCAGCCUAAUUGGUGAUAUCUUCCUAAGGCUUGCAUCGAAUCAAGAAUUGCAAGAUCAGAUCUACUCGGAGAUCGUUACGGCAAGAAAAUUGUCACAGAAAGAGGAUUAUCGACACCUUGAUGAGAUGGUGUUAUUAUUUGCCACUAUUUAUGAAUCUGCUCGUCUUCUCCCGUCAUGGCCUUUGCUGCAGAGGUGCUCUCUUAAUGCAGACUUGCACCUCAAAUCAGGUACUACUAUACCUGCUGGAGCAGUAUUAGUUGUGCCUUUGCAGUUGGUACAAAUGGAAGGUUUAAACUGGAAAAAUGACAGCAGUGAGUUCAAUCCAUAUCGUUUCUUAUCAAGGGCUGAAAAGGGUUUUCUUUCAGCACAACUUACAGGGGCUGCUGAAGACGGCGGUUUUAAGAAGAGUUCUUUUGUUUUGGAUGAUCCAAGAAGCCAUGCAGCAUAUCUUCCUUUUGGUUAUGGCACACGUGCUUGUGUUGGUCAAAGGUUUGUGAUCCAUGGACUGGCAACAUUAUUUGCAUCAAUGUUGGAGCACUACAAGGUAAGGUUGAAGCAAGGAUGUGAGGACGAUCUCAAGCCAACACUUAGUAACAGUGCUCUUGAACGGCUUCCCAGCCAGGAAAUAGUUUUCGCGAAAAGGAACGCCUGAAAGACAAGGCGACGACGCUUGGAUUUUCUUCGGACAAAAUCGUCCGUUGCAUAGGGGGGAUAAGUUUUCAAGUUUACUUCCGUUUGUUUGUGUUUUUUUUUUCUCAAAAUCGAUGUGGGGAGGAUGCUUCGCUGUUGACCCGACAACUGGGGAUUUGUACACCACGUGAGCGAGUUUCGAAGCUCAUGUUUUUUUUUUUUCGCUCCCCAUUUUUAAAGUAGCCGAAGGUGCCGUCUCGCAAUGUUGGACAUAAAAACUAAGUUUUUGGAGCACUAGGAGCUAUUGUGGCCCGGCAGCGAAGCCUCUUCUUGUUUUCUCGACCCCCCCAUCCCUUGAAUGUUUUGUAUCUGGUCCUUUGUACCUCCGCGUCUGGUUUUUCACUCUCCCUUGAGGAGAAGAUGAUGUUGUACUUUCUAGCAAAAAAAAACAAAAAUGAUGUUGUACUUUAAUACUCUGCGUAACGUUGCUGUUGACAA